AAUGGCGGAAAAGACUGGCACUUCAGUACCCUGACGAAAAAAACAAUCAAAUCAGCGUGAGACUUGGCGGAAUGUGGAAGGCAACGAGGAAAGAUGAAAAAGAAGAAUAUUUUGCCCUUGCACGCCAGGUGGACGCGGAGCACAAGUUGAAAUAUCCCGAUUAUAUCUACAACCCGAAGGAGGCCUGCAAGCAGAAGCAUCUUCGAGUGCAGGUCCAUGAUACAAAAUUACAACUGUCAAGCUCCCUGUAGGCAAUUCGACACCUCACCACCGCGCAGGGUAGCAGUGCCCGUGUCCUGCCUGCCCAGGAGCAUCAAUUGGGGAGGGGGGCAGCAGGGCCCACCAAGUAGGAAUCACAGGCAGACAUGUCUACAGUCGGCAAGGUGUCGCUUCGUCAAAGCUCCUCUACAGGCAGUUCUAGCAGUUCUCCGCUCUGCUGAGACACUUGCACGAAGUUCCGCAGAACGAAGCUGCGAGCGUGAGCCUCAAGGUCGGCGAAGGAGUGUAACCUGUGACAGCGAGGUCACCGAUGUAUCAGAGUGCAGGGCGCAUCAGCAGCAGUGAUCGUUUUAUUCCGUCACGUGCUGGAAACAAUUGGGAAACUAAGUUUGCUAUGAUCACAGAGCCUGGCCGUGAAAAUUGUGAAGGAAGUCAUGGCAGAUUGGCGUAUUCUUGUCUACUGAAAAAUGAACUUCUUUGUGCAAAGAUUAAAGAUUUUAAAGGCCACUGUGAUGUGAAGUCAUUGGAGGGAUCAUCCCUCUUUCGGGUACGAUUCCCCUACACUAAUAGAUAUCAGACAAUAACAUUCACAACUCCAAAUGAGAAUGUAAUUGGCCAUCGUGGUGAAGCUUCUCUGGCUUAUUCUUUGUCACCGCUUAGUGCAGAAAGCCAGACGUUGCUUAGGUCAGCAAGAAAAGCAACACGUGAAAUAUCACAAAAACCUUUCAGGGUGUUGGAUGCCCCUGAGCUUGAAGAUAACUUCUACCUCAAUCUUAUUGACUGGUCUUUACAGAAUGUAUUAAGUGUGGGAUUAGGAAGUUGUGUAUAUCUUUGGUCUUUAUACACUAGUCAAGUUACAAGGCUUUGUGAUUUAUUUGGAGAUGGCAACUCUGUAACUUCAGUUGCAUGGAAUGAGCGUGGAAAUUUGGUAGCAGUAGGCACACAUCAUGGCUACGUGCAAGUCUGGGAUGUUGCAGUAAAUUCACAAGUUAAUGAGCUGCAAGGCCAUUCAGACAGAGUUGGAGCACUUGCUUGGAAUGGUGAUGUUCUCUCAUCGGGAAGUCGCGAUAAACUUAUCUUACAACGUGAUGUCAGAACUCCUAGUCUUGUGACAGAGAGAAGAUUGGUUGGCCAUCAACUAGAGGUUUGCGGCUUGAAGUGGUCACCAGACAAGCAGACCCUGGCCUCCGGUGGCAAUGACAAUCGCCUCCAUGUUUGGAAUCUCCAUUCACUGUCACCUGUCCAGACUUACACUCAACAUUCGUCAGCAGUGAAAGCUAUUGCAUGGUCCCCACACCAUCAUGGAUUCUUGGCUAGUGGUGGAGGCAGAGCUGAUCGGUGUAUUCGUUUCUGGAACACGCUCACAGGACUACCAGUGCAGUGUGUAGACACUGGAUCUCAAGUCUGUAAUCUUGCCUGGUCUAAACAUUCCUCUGAACUGAUUAGCACCCAUGGCUUCACUCAAAAUCUGAUACGCAUUUGGAAAUAUCCUAGAAUGACACAGGUUGCAAACCUCACUGGCCAUUCAUCUAGAGUGACCUAUCUUGCCAUGUCUCCUGACGGAGAAGCAAUUGUAACCGGCGCUGGGGAUGAGACUCUUUGCCUUUGGAAAAUGUCCAGCAAAGGUCGUUUAGAGAAGGAGAACAAAUCAGCCCUGAAUCUUUUCAACAGCAUCCGAUGAAGAAUCUGCUGAUGCUGAUUAAUGUGUUGUUCAUAUUCUUUUCUUGUUGUAUUUGUUUUGUUAUAUUUAAUUCAUGUGUUGUGUUUUUAUAUUUAAUUAUAUUUUUGGAUAAAAGACUCAUUUUCAUUCUUUAAUACCAUGUACCCAGAAGUACAUGGUUCAUAAAUCUCCUGAUAAGUAAUCAGCUAUUUGGUCUUUACAUAUAUGUAUUUUUUUUAAGAAAUUAAUAGAGUAUUUAUGUUUGAACAAGGAAAAAGAAAUAAGAAUCUGUUUUACAGAUGUAAAAACUAGAAAAGGGUGCUGAUAAAUAUCUGAUUUCUAUCACGUUUAUUAUAGAGUGGAAUAUUUUUAAUCGGACUCCGGUGGAACCAAAAGAACAUACUGAUGGAAAUUGACUAGCUUUUUGGAUCUUGGCAUGGGAUAGGAAACAUUUAAAUGCAUCUUAAGGUGUUGUUGGAUCUUAAAAAAAAUUAAAUUAAAAUGGGUGAAAAUGUGUAUUACACUGAAAAUCACACUUAAAAAUGACACACUUCGUUACAUCAUUUUCAGCAUUCUUGCAUUGGAAAUCUAACUUGUAGUUAUCCUGAAAUUUAACAAUGAAUUCUGACACUGUAUGCAUGAUCUUCAGACUUCAUACACUAUAUAAUCAUUUUAUUUUUCUUCACUACCUAUACUAUUUUUAUUUUUAAACAUGUUACACAAAUACUUCAUUUCUUUAAUUUUCUAAUCCAAAAAAAGGGUGUGUGUUACAUACGAGUAAAUUUGGUAUAUAUUAUACUUUCUUUUUUAAUGUUGUUUUCACAGAGUGACAUUUAUUUGUGAUUAUGAAACAUGAAAGUGAAUGUAUAGUUUGUGGUAGUAAAGUGGAAGAAACCUUUA